AUGCAUGGCCCCGACUCCGUUAGCAUGCUGUGCGUUUGCCCGAAGUGCAGUUAUCUCAAGGGCUCUCGUCGCGGCUCCGAGUCGCGGUUGCGUCCGAGGAGAGAGCCGCUUCCAACUCGUCCUCUGCCAGAGACUCCACCUACCACACCCAGCCCCAAAAAGAGCAAUGGCAUCUAUCACGCCCAACGGCCACGCUCAAACUCAGCAGGCUGCCCCGGGAACUGGUACCAAAAACAAUUCCUGGAAGAGAGUAGUCCCCGCGACUCGCCGCGGUAUCCUCAUUGGUUCGGGCGUCCAAAUCGCAGUGUGUCGAAAGGAAAUUCAUCGCCGUCAAAACAGGAGUUGAUGGAGCGGCUCGAGGCCGUACAUACAGGCAGCAAGGAACUGUCCAGCCGGCUAGAGUUUCUCCAAAAGAGACUGCGGUAUGUCUCGCUUGAGCGGGACAAAGCCAGGAGGGAACGAGACGCGGCAAAGCAGCAAUUGGCCCGGAAAGACUGGGAGGAUGCGAGGCUGUUUGUAAAGUGGUUGUGGCCUGAUUUGCAAGAGGACACUGGCGUUGACGAAGUUUUGGCUGACGACGUGCCGGAUCAUGUCGCGACCUGGAACGCGAAGAAUUUGUAA